AUGGCUGCAGCUAAGCUUAGUAUGAAAACUGCAUCAUCGUUCUUCCUAGUUCUUUAUUCAACCAUAAUCCUAUUUUUUGCUUUGCCAUGCCUUUCUUCUGAUCCCGACCCUCUACAAGACUUUUGUGUUGCUGACUUGAACUCCACCAUAACUUUUGUGAAUGGGUACCCUUGCAAGCCAGAGUCUCAAGUCACAUCAAGUGAUUUCGUGUUUAGUGGCUUGGUGGAAGAAGCGAGCACAAAUAAUCCUGAGGGUGCUGGAGCGAGAUUUGGUAACGUUAAGUUCUUCCCUGGGAUAAACACCCUUGGAAUUUCGGUAAGUCGAAUCGACCUCGCACCUGGUGGAAUUGUUCCAGCUCACAUACACCCUCGAGCAAGCGAAAUUAAUUUUUCCGUGAAAGGGGAGGUUAAUUUUGGGUUCCUAAGUACUAAAAAUGUUUUGUAUUCAGGGGUUCUGAAAGCUGGAAUGAUGUCUGUUGUUCCUAGAGGACUCGUGCACUACGCAAAAAACGUUGGAGGGGAGAAGGCUGUCGUGCUAGCUAUUCUCAAUAGCCAACCACCUGGAACUGCAUUUAUUCCUAGUAACAUCUUUGGCUCUAAGCCAACAAUUCCUAUUGAUAUUUUAGCUAAGAACUUCCGAGUUGAUGAAACCGUCAUCGCUAACAUAAAGUCGAAGUUUGCUAACAUCUAG